GACUUUUUCGAGAAAACCCCAUCUGGGCUGUCAACUUUCCUUGAUGGGGUUGCAGCCCUUAUUUAUGCAGUUGAUUCUCUCCAUCACCUAUCUUUUCAUGGAUGUGAUGCUACCGUGAUCCUUGUUUUCUGGUUUUUGAUUUGGGGCCAUUGCCAUUGAUGAAAAUAAAGCAGUUUCAGACAUGACACUGAGGAAUCAAGACCAGAACAAGAAGUCUUUUCUUCGAAGAUUUUUCUUGCAGAAGGAGGAAAAGGGGAGUAAGGCAGAGAAGGUUUCAUUUGAUUCGUCUGAACCACAUUCUGAUCCAUCGCUCAAGUCUCUCUUGUCUCACCAAUUAAGCUCUCCAAUGCCAAGCAGUCAAGCCCAGUCAUUUAGAGUUUUCGUAGCAACAUGGAAUGUCGGAGGGAAAUCUCCUCACAGUGACCUCAACCUAGAUGAUAUUCUUCAGGUUCAUGAUGAAUCAGAUAUAUAUGUCUUAGGUUUUCAGGAAAUUGUUCCAUUGAAUGCUGGAAAUGUGCUGGUGGCAGAAGACAAUGAGCCUGCAGCAAAAUGGCUGGCUUUAAUCAAUCAAUCACUGAAUAGAUCAUACAGUGUGGCUUCAAGAGGAUCAAAAUCACCCCUUUGCAGCUCACUUCGCUUCCAAAAACCUUCUCUUAAAAAGGUCUGUAAGUCUUUCAGGACUGAGAGUGGACGGAGGCUGAAGACUUGCAAUUGCUCUCCCAUAUUGGAAAGGAAGUAUAGCAAGGAUUGCUGUGUUUGUCCCCCACCAGCAAAUAUGACUGAGGAUUACGGUUCUUCUGAAGAGGAUGAAGAUGGACUUGGCAAUUAUGUAUCUACAGAAAUUUCCUCUCAAGCUAGUGCCAACCAGAUGAAGUACAGCCUUAUAACAGGGAAACAAAUGGUCGGAAUAUUUGUUACUGUUUGGGUAAGGAAAGAACUUGUGCAACAUGUUAGCCAUUUGAGAAUCUCUAACGUUGGCCGUGGGAUCUUAGGCUGUCUUGGGAACAAGGGGUGUAUAUCUGUUAGCAUGUCUUUCCAUCAGACAAGUUUUUGCUUUGUUUGCAGUCACUUGGCGUCAGGAGAGAAAGAAGGAGAUGAACUUAGGAGAAAUUUGGAUGUCAUAGAGAUACUUAAGAACACACAAUUUUCAAGAAUUUGCAAAUCUCCAUAUAGUCGAGCGCCUGAGAAAAUUAUGGAUCAUGAUCGGGUAAUAUGGUUGGGGGACUUGAAUUACAGGAUAGCUUUGAGCUAUUCCGAGACUCGAAAGCUUCUGGAGCAGUAUAACUGGGAUGCACUUUUUGACAAAGAUCAGCUGAAAAUUGAGAGGGAAGCAGGGCGAGUGUUCGGAGGAUGGAAAGAGGGAAAGAUCUACUUCGCACCAACAUACAAAUACUCCUACAACUCGGACAUUUACGCUGGAGAGACUAUUGAAACACAAAAGAAAAGAAGAACUCCAGCGUGGUGUGAUAGAAUACUUUGGCAUGGAGGUGGGAUACAUCAACUAUCUUACGUACGCGGAGAGUCCAGGUUUUCUGACCACCGGCCAGUAUGCGCAACAUUCAUCGUAGACGUACAAGUUUCUAAUGGUGGAUUAAGAAAGGCAUUAUCAGGCUUUAACAUGAAAGUUGCAAGUGAGGAGCACUUGCCUCUAACAAGAAAAUAGUGUUCGAGUUCGUGUACAGUGCUGAUGAUUGUUUUGAUUCAUAAUAGUUUCUGAUAAACUAACGUAGCUGCUAGAAGACAGAAGAGAACUAAAUUUUGCCGUUUAUAUCCAAAUUUUUAGACUGAAAGCAUGAUAUUCUUGCAGUAAAAUAUUGUAGUUGUGCAAGCUGUACAGAGCUUUCUGCAAUUGGUGAGGUGCAAGAAGCUUUCUCUGUGGAUAUGAUUCUUCAAGAACUGUCCUAAAAUUAUCAUAGUCGAAGCACCUAGGAAGUGUAUUCUACUGUAGUUUUUCAGCAGUAAAAAUUAUGCCAGAGAGUGCCAAGUUUGCUGUGGAAAUAACAUGUUUAAUGCUUGAGGAGUAAGGCUUAUUCUUUUUGUUUUUGUCAGAGAUGAGAUGAAGGCAUGGAUAUAAUAAACAUGUUAGGUGAGCCGUUCUUGUGAUUGAUAAUUUCUUGGUCUGGUCCAUUUUAUUUUCAAAAACUUUGUCUAUUAUCUUGCCUUAUCAAGGAAGUGCUAGCAUUUUUUACAAAUUGUAUAACUUGGGAGUUAGGACUUUUCAAUUUUAAAGCCUCAGAAACCACCAUUCUGCAAGCUUUUACUUCGAUU